UCAUUCAUUCAGGUUCAAGAAACGUUCAUUACCAGAUCGAAUCCGCCAUGCCGGUCGAAUCUUGCCGGAAAAACUCUCCUUAUCCGGCCACAUAGCUCGGAAUUCGAAACCCAGUUGCUCAAUCUUCGCCCGAGUUGUUUAUUUGAGAACAAAAAAAGCGGAAGAAUUUAGCUUCUGAAGCAAAGCAACGAGCUUUGUGGGAUCACAAAAGCAAUCAUGAAUAGCAGCGUUGACACUAUCAACGCCGCCGCCACCGCCAUCGUCUCCGCCGAAGCUCGCGCCCAGCCCACCAACAUCUCUAAAAGAAGAUGGGGAAGCUGCUGGAGCCUAUAUUGGUGCUUCGGGUCACAUAAAACUAGCAAGCGAAUUGGUCAUGCUGUCCUCGUUCCCGAGCCUGUAGUGCCAGGAGCUGCAGUUUCAACCUCUGAUAACCAAACAACCUCCACCGCAAUUGUAUUACCCUUCAUUGCCCCUCCAUCUUCUCCUGCAUCUUUCCUUCCAUCCGAUCCACCGUCUGCUUCCCAAUCACCUGCUGGAUUUCUGUCCCUCACAUCCCUUUCUGUAAAUGCCUACUCUUCGGGUGAACCUGCAUCCAUGUUUUCCAUAGGCCCUUAUGCAUAUGAGACACAGUUAGUGUCACCACCUGUAUUCUCUACGUUCAACACUGAACCAUCUACUGCUCCAUUCACUCCCCCUCCCGAAUCCGUUCAGCUGACUACACCUUCAUCCCCUGAAGUGCCAUUUGCUCAACUUCUGUCAUCUUCAUUGGACCGACAACGUAGAAACAGUAGCAACAACCAGAAGUUUCCACUGUCCCAAUACGAAUACCAGCCUUACCAACAAUGUCCGGGAAGUCCUGGUGGUGAUCUCAUAUCACCAGGAUCAGCAAUAUCGAAUUCAGGAACAUCUUCUCCGUUCCCAGACAGACACCCUAUGCUUGAGUUUCGCAUGGGGGAAGGUCCCAAACUCUAUGGAUUUGACCAUUUUACCAAUCAUAAGUGGGGUUCAAGGCUAGGUUCUGGAUCAUUGACACCAGAUGGUGCGGGGCUGGGUUCCAGGCUAGGUUCUGGAACAUUAACACCAGAUGGCUAUGAGCUAGGUUCAAGGCUAGGUUCCGGAUGUUUGACCCCCAAUGGUGUGGGAGUUGGUUCCAGGAUGAGUUCUGGAUGUUUGACGCCUGAUGGUACAGGGCCAGCCUCGACAGACGGUUUCCAUAUGGAGAACCAGAUUUCUGAGGUGGCAUCCCUGGCCAACACAGAGAGUGGAUGUCACAAUGGUGGAACUGUAUUUGAUCACAGGGUGUCAUUUGAAUUGACUGGUGAAGAUGUUGCAUGCUGUCUUGCGAAUAAAGCAUUGAGAACUGCAACGGAAUCUUCAAAUGAUAUAGCAGCAGAAAUCUCAAUUGAAACAGAUGGGUUAUUAACAGACUCCAACAAUCACCGCGAGUUUAAUGUGGAGGAAAGUUUGAGUAGAAUUCCUGAAAAUGCUUUGGGAGAAGGGGAGGAUCAAGGUUACCGGAAGCAAAGAUCCAUCACACUUGGGUCGACAAAGGAGUUUAAUUUUGAUUACACAAAAGCUGAAGUUCCGAGUAAGUCCAACAUCGGCUCAGAAUGGUGGGCUAACAAAAAUGUUGCUGCUAAGGAAUCUAAGCCUUGCAAUGACUGGACUUUCUUUCCGAUUCUACAACCCGGAGUUAGAUGACAUAGCAAUGGUUCAACAUGGCUUUUACUGAUGUGUAUAGGUAGGGGAUGACGUUGUUGACAGAUGAAUGGAUGCAGAGGUGAGAGUUUCUUACGAACGAAAAACAUAAUUCAGAGAGAAUACAUUGUAGAAUUGUUAGUGUGAGUAGUGAGUACUCAAAGAGCAUUCUUUAGAACAUUUUUUUACUUUGAUGUUAUACAGAGGAUAGAAUUCACUUAUAAAGAUGAUGUGCUAUGGAUUAUUUUUUGUUCAAUGUGUAAUAUAAAGGUCGAAUUACGUCA